UCGGACUCCCACGGAUCGCAACAUCUCCAUGACUGUAUGUUCGAUCCCAGUCCUCGGAAGCCUCCGAGACGAUCAACAUGUUUCCGUGGAAGCUGCAAAACCUUUUAUUCCUCCUUCUGUUCUGUAACUCCGAUGGACAGAUUUUCAGCGGUAACAGAAGACGCCCCUGGCCUGACAGAGGUAUGACGUUUGAUAGCUACUUGGACCUCCAUGAUGUACUAAAUGCAAAGAAAACCAUCGAUUCUUCACCAAGGUUCACUUUGGUGGCUCCCGACAUCCUGAGGACCGACACCGAAGAGAACAUCUACUUACAGGCAGACAACUUGGCCACUCCUCUCAUUGCCUCCAUCGUCAUCCAGGACUUCACCAAAAGCAUCAUGCUCCUCCAGGAGACGGCCAAACUCGAUCAGGAAAAUGGCUUCCAUGUUAUCAAGAGCAUAGAGCUUUCAUCCGCGCUCUUGAAUCGCGAGGAGAAAAAGAACAAGUUUGUUCAUCUGCAAGUGAACUUCGGGAGUUACCACUCGAUGGAGCGAGUGCUGAUGGUGUCCUUUCAUUCUGGCUACAUCUUCGUCCAAACCGACAAACCCAUCUACAACCCCGGAGACACCGUUCGUUUCCGAGCCUUCGUGUCUUCUCCGUCGUUUAAGGCCUUGGACAGCCCCAUCACUGUAGACGUUCAGAAUCCUGACGGAGUGGUGGUCAGUCAGAUCUCCAGGACCCGACCCACUCAGGGCGUCUUCGCCGAUUCCUUCCCUCUGUCUGACAUCGUCGGUGAAGGAACGUGGCUGUUGACGGCAAAGUUUGACCACUGGCAGCAGAACGCUUUCACCUCCCGUUUCGAGGUGAAGAAAUAUGUUCUCCCUGCCUUCAACGUCACACUGACCCCCAGAAAGCCCUUCCUCAGCCUGGAUGACGACCAACUGGUUGUAGAAAUUUCUGCAAGGUACUUGUUCGGGGAGCCGGUUCAGGGGACGGCUUACGUCGUGUUUGGAGUGAAACUCAACCAAGAGAUGAGGAGGUUACCUGCUGUGAAGCAGGUGUCUGAUCUGGAUGGAGGAACCGUCACACUGAGCAUGCAAGAGCUCAGGAGCGCGUAUCCCAACAUCAGGAGCUUAGUGGGAAACUCUGUUUACGUCAAAGCCUCUGUCGUCACCAAGACGGGAAGUGAUCUGGUCGAGGCGCAAAAGACUGGGAUUAAAAUUGUAGAGUCCCCAUAUGUCUUAUCUUUUAAAGACGCGCCAAAGUACUUCAAACCAGGAAUGCCGUUAGACCUGACAAUUCAGGUGAGCCAGCAGGACGACUCGCCAGCCCGUAACGUUUUGGUCAAGCUGUCUCAUCUGGUCGCCCCACUGACCGUGUCAUCAGGCACCGCCAGAGUCAGCAUCAACAUGCCCAACGUGCAGCUCCCUCAAACUCUCACUGCGGAGACGGCACAGGCCGACCUGAAACCGGAGCAGCAGGCCAAGCAGCAGAUUGUGCUUCAUCCUUACACGACCAGCAGUGGGCAGCAGAACUACCUGUACAUCUCCACAGGAACCAACAGAGUGUCUGUCGGAGAGAGACUGUUGCUGCAGUUCACCGUGUCUUUAUCUGACCAGUCACACAGAGAGUUCAUCAAACUCAUCACAUAUCUGGUGCUGAAUAAGGGUAAAAUCGUAAGCGCCGUGCGUCUGGACGUGUCGGGCCAGCUGGUGACCAGGGUUGGGUUGUUGGUCACGGCGGACAUGAUGCCAUCGUUUCGGGUCGUGGCGUUCUACAGCCUUCCCUGGUUGGGGCAGGAGGAGCUGGUUUCGGACUCGGUCUGGAUAGACGUGGUGGACGGCUGUGUUGGAGGGCUGACAGUUUCCACAGACAGCGUGAAGCCUCACUACACACCCGGGAAAAACUUCCACUUCCAGAUCCGAGGGGACCCGGGGGCAAAGGUCAGCCUGGUGGCUGUGGACAAUUCUGUGUAUCUCCUCAACGGAGAGCGACUCACACAGAGAAAGCUUUGGGGCGUGGUGGAGGCCGGAGACAUCGGCUGCACCAGAGGUGGAGGUCGAGACGCCAAAGGAGUGUUUACAGACGCCGGACUUCUUUACUUCUCAAGCGCCGGAGUCAAAACCGAAACCAGGCAGACCCUGCAGUGUCCAGGCAGCACCAGGAGGAGGCGCUCUGCUGAACUCAUGCAACGUAAAGCAAGGCUGGAGAGUCACUAUAAGGAGGAGAUGCAACGGCGCUGCUGCAAAGACGGCCUGAGGGCCAUUAAAAUGCCGUACUCCUGCACCCGCCGCUCCCUCUACAUCACCGAGGGCCCGGAGUGCAUCCUGGCUUUCCGCUACUGUUGCGCCACCUUCAGGGACCAGGUGUUCAACACAGAGAUCCCCACCACCCCUCCACCCAUGACCACUGCUCCCCCGACCACCACUCCCGCACCGAUGCCCACUUUAGAUUACCCUGGUUUUGUACCAAAGACUGUAGUUAAGUCCGUUUCUGAGGUGAGACCCCUGGAGAGAAACCUGGAGAGACCCCUCGAGACACACCUGGCGAGAGCCCCAGAGACACACCUGGAGACCGACGUAGAGGAAGAAGAGUGGGAAUACAUGGAUCAGACUGAGGUCUAUCUUCGCUCCAAGUUCUACGAGUCCUGGCUGUGGCUAGAUGUGAACCUGCCGAGUGAGACGGACAAAGACGGGUUUGCUUUGAAGAAUAUGGACAGUGCUUUACCUGACAGCAUCACAGAGUGGGGAGUUUUGGCCAUCAGUGCAUCACAUCAGACAGGUUUCUGUGUUGCGGAGCCGUACAACUUCAAAACCUGGAAGCAUUUCUUUGUCGACCUAAAGCUCCCGUACUCUGUGGCGAGGAACGAGCAGUUGGAGAUUAAAGCCGUCAUCCACAACUACGGCUACAACGACAUGCAUGUCAGGGUGGUGCUCAUGAAGACCGAAGGCAUGUGCAGCGUCGCUUUCAAGGACAGACACACCCAGGAAGUGACGCUGCCGGCGGGCUCCUCUGUGGCGGUGCCUUACACCGUUGUGCCACUGGUGGUGGGCAAUCUUCCGCUGGAAGUCAUGGUGGUCGGCAGAGACAUGACGGGAGGCGACCGCAUCCGGAAAUCUCUGCGAGUCGUGAUGGACGGCGUGCAGAAGACCAAAGUUUGGAGUGCCGUGUUGAAUCCGUCUUCUCAAGGAGGAACUCAGACGAUUCGCAUCGAUAAGAUUGAACUGGAGUCAGUCGUGCCAAACUCUGUGCCUGAGACCUUCGUUAACGUCAGAGGCAACGUCUUGGCGGACAGCAUCGACAACUCCAUCAGCGAGGACUCUCUGGCGUCUCUGAUCCAGAUGCCCGGCGGCUGUGUGGAGCAGAACUUGGCCUCCAUCACUCUGCCGCUCAUCGCCACUCUCUACCUGGACCGAACCAACAACUGGGAGAGAGUCGGGGUGGAUCGCAGAGACGAGGCUCUCCGAUACAUCAAGAGAGGCUAUGAGAAUCAGUUGGAAUACAGAAGGAGUGACGGCUCAUACCCCCCCUACAAGCGUGAAGGCGCAAGUACAUGGAUCACUGCGUACGUCAUCAAGGUGUUCUCCAUGGCUUACUCGGUCGUCAGCAUGAGCGAGCAGCAAGUGUGCGAGCCUCUGCUGUACCUGGUGACCAACAAAAUCAGACCUUCAAGCGGCGCGUUCAGAGAGGACAACCCAGUUUAUUCCACCACAAUGACUGGUGGUCUCCGUGGUGACGACCCAGAAAUAACCCUGACGGCUUUUGUCCACAUUGCGAUUGCCGAAGCCAAGAAGGCAGGAAUUAGCUGUGGCGGGUCCGAUGUGGAGUCGGCCACCAGCAGGAGCUCCCAGUUCCUGAGUAAAGCCCUGCUGACUGGAGGGAGGAGGCCGUACACGGUGGCCAUCGCCUCCUACGCUCUGGCUCUGCAGGGAACACAAAACAGCCUCCAUCAGCCUUUGCUCCAAGCAGCGUCUCCAGAUAAGAGCCACUGGCCUGACAAGGAAAACCACCUGUUCACUCUGGAAGCGACUGGCUACGCUUUGCUGGCGCUGAUAAAGUUGGGACGCAUGCAGGAGGCUGCGGCGCCCUUCAAAUGGCUCAACGGUCAGAGAAGAAGAGGAGGAGGCUUCGGCUCCACUCAGUCCACCAUGGUUGUGCUCCAGGCUCUGUCAGAGUACAUGAUCAGCCAGCCUCCGCCUGCUGACCUCAGCCUGAACGUGGACAUCAGGAUGACCGGACGCAAGGAAAUCCGUUACUACUUCAACCCAGACACCGCCUACGCUGCUCGCUCCUCUAAACUGCCUGCUGGUGUCGACAUGGAAGUGGAGGCUCAAGGGAACGGACAAGGAAUCCUGGAGGUUGUGACUCAUUACAACCAGCUCCAUGAAGUUGAAGAGAAAACACCCUGCAGCCACUUUGAGCUCAGCGUUAACAUCGAAGAGUCCAGUGAAAAGCCUCCAGCUGAUGUAGAGAAAUCCUACCAGAUCACCAUCAACGUGAGAUCUUUGGGACCCAGAGACGUCAGAAUGGUGGUUCUGGACAUCAGCCUCCCCACUGGCUUCACCCCAGAAAACUCAGACCUGGAAAUGCUGUCCAACUCUGUGGAUCAUUACAUCAGUAACUUCAAGAUCGUAGAUAAUCUGAGUGACAGAGGGUCUCUGAUCAUCCACCUGUUCAAGGUUUCUCACAAAGAGCCUGAAAUUCUCAUCUUCAGGCUGAAGCAGACCUUUAAAGUCGGUCUGCUGCAGCCGUCUUCUGUCACUGUUUACGAGUAUUACAACCCCGAUCACCGCUGCAGUCGUACCUACUCUCCCAGGGAGGACCAGGAGGAGCUCAGCAGGAUCUGCGACAACAACGUCUGCCGCUGCACGCAGGGCGACUGCUGUAUCUCGAAACCUGAAGAUCAGAAUUUCCCCAACAAAGAGAGAGAGAUAUUCGCCUGCACAAGCUUGCACCAUGUUUGGCAGGUGAAGGUGCUCAAUAUGAGUCAGAGCUACUACGAUAAAUAUGAGAUGGAGAUUACACAAGUUAUUAAACUUGGUGUUGAGGCUGGAGUUGAAGUCGGUCAGAAGAGGUUUUUCCUGUCUCAUGGUGGCUGCAGAGAAGGGCUCAACCUCAACCUGGGCUCCCAGUAUCUCAUCAUUGGUCCUAAAGAGGACCAGUGGACCACUGACCCCGGCAGCAACGGGUUUAUCUACAUGCUGGGGAAGGACACCUGGGUGGAGCGCUGGCCUGCAAGCGCAGAGUGUUCCAGCAAUCCCAGCAUGCAGGCCAAGUGCAAAAAUCUCUCUGACGCUGCAAACGAGCUGUCUGUGAACGGCUGCAGGCUGUAGUUUCAGCUGUCCUUCAUUUCAAUUGUACGUCUACGAAUGCAUGUCUGUGAGAAGCUAAAAAAGAUGAAGUAAAAGAGUGCUGCGCUGUCUGAUAACGUUAUAUGUGUUGGGGUUUUCUGAGUAUAUAAUUAGACGUGGGGAACAAUGAGGGAGAGCAAGAAAAAGCCCCACCCGAGAAUCCUGUCGGCGUCUUUUUAAAGAAAACAAAUGAUUAAAAAAAAAAGAAGAAAAAAACACUUAAACCGAAUUCAUAAUCUGUGCUCUGAUACAGAAAAGAUGUAUUGUGUAUUAGCACAAAUCAAAAUACCGCACGCUGACAUGUACUCCAAAUAUAGAACAUUAAAAAUACAACUGUACCAUUACUUCCAGUUUUUCUGAAAUCGAUUAGCUUCCUUUAUUUGUGUAAUUUGAUUUAGUGAGUGAGAAAUCAACAGACAUGUGUAAAUCAACUCUAAAUGUACUUGCAAAAGAGGAAGUUUUAAAAUAAAAUGGUUUGUUGUCAGGCUAAGCGAGACAGACGAAGCGCUGUAGCUAUCAGAGCAAAGUUCCUUCCGGUUAUUAAAUUUGCAUUGCUGCUAAGAUGGCGGUAAAGUCAAUAUGAUGUACUCUACACAAACUUCAGCUGGUGGCCUUAUUUGGUCAUUCGAGAAAAACACAUCCUGAUCGUUUAGACAAGAAUGAUUAUUUACCAGUAGUCAAGCGUUUCCUUUUUUAGAUGUGUUCAGGCGUGUGAGUCACAGUAGUUAAAUUCAGUCUCCAAUAAGCAAUAUGUUUAAAAGAAAAAAAAAAAGAAAGAAAAAUCCGCAAUGCAGCUGUGAAAGGAUGUCAGCGUUCACAGAUCACAGCACACAGUCACUGGUUCGUAAAGCGACGGACACAAAGGAAGAAGGCAGUGAUGACAAUGAUAUAAUGUAGAUUUAUAUGGUUUAAUCUAGAGAAAAAAGGGGGGUCCGUACAAAUCUAUAACAGCAGUCGCGUUGAGACGUAACAAACCGGCACCCGACUUACGGACUCCUGUAUCAAAUCUUCUCAGUUACAAUCAACAGUUUGUGACAAAAACUGUAAUAAAAUAUAUAAAAAGCUUA